AAUUUUAUUUUCGUGACACCAAAUAUUUUCCUGGAUAUAUGUUGCAUUGCUGAUAACUUAUUUUCUGUCCAGAAUGUUAACACUAUGAUUUAUCACAUCCCUCGUGUCCAAGUACAUUGGUGGCCAAUUUAAUUCUGGGCACUUCUGAUGUAUGCUAUCUGGGGCAAUUUGUACAACAUUUAGACAUGUGAAAGCAACUUGGGAUCCCGCUGCUCACCGUCUUUUUCUUGACGUCCGCAUCGAAGAAGUCAAUGCAAAUAGUCAGACAGUGCAAGUUUUGAAUGCCAGUGGUUAAGAAAAUUUGGUUACAAAUUUUAACAAGCGCACGAAGAGAAAUUAUGAUUGCAAGCAAGGUAAUAGUGGAGUGACUCCAAUACAUAAAAUUUUCUGCCAAAGGAAAACAAAAGAUUUUCUAUCGGAUUUCAAAAGAGGGAACUAGAGCAAUUACCUUCUUGGAAGCAAAGACGUCGUCUUCAACUUCAUCCAGAUGGCCAAACGGCCUAUGCAUAAGCAUAAGCCCAAAAGAAGUCGGCCUUAUUCACGUGCCGGUGCCAGGCCGAAAAUCAGCUCUAGUUCAAAGAAGCCGAGAAAAACAAAGGAUAGGUGAGGGCCGUGUGCUGCCUCUUCCCAGAGGCCCACAAGUAGAGAGCAUCCUCUUCCCCUUCUCAUACCGGCCCCGUUUCUCCGGCGCCCCAAACCCUCGCAGUCGCAACAACCCUUCCUUGGCGGCCGGACUGGUUGUUUAUUCUGCUAGGGUUUGGCUGUUCGCACGAUGGCAGCGGAGGCCAUGGUUGACCCACCUUCCCUUCGCCUCGACGAAGACGAAACCUUGGUCCGCGACUUCAACACAGCGCCCUCCCGCAACGCCGUCCCCGCCUGUUCCGGCGACAAGAGUCCGUUCAGUGAUCUGGAUGAAGAUGAAGACGACAUCUUCCCUUCCAAGAAGGGAAAGAAAGUGGAGGAGAGUGCACCAGGUGCUGCCACAGGAACGAUUCUGUCUCUUCGGGAAAGUUUGCAGAACUGCAAAGAAAAUCUUGAAACAAACCAGGUGGAACUGGAAGCUGCUAAAUCAGAAAUUCAGAAGUGGUAUUCAGCGUUUCAGAACAUUCCAGCUGUACCUGCAGGAACCAAUCCAGAGCCUAUUUCAGUGGUUACUUAUGUAAGUAACCUAAAGUCGUCAGAAGUGUCACUGAAGGAGCAGCUGGAGAAAGCAAAGAAAAGAGAGGCUGCUUUUAUUGUAACAUUUGCAAAACGAGAACAAGAGAUCGCAGAAUUAAAGUCUGCAGUUAGGGAUUUGAAAACACAGUUGAGGCCACCGUCAAUGCAGACAAGGCGAUUAUUGCUUGACCCAGCAAUUCAUCAGGAAUUUACACGCUUAAAGAAUUUGGCAGAAGAAAAAGACAAGAAAAUAAAAGAGCUACAGGACAAUGUUGCUGCUGUCAAUUUUACUCCAUCCAGCAAACAUGGGAAAAUGCUAAUGGCCAAGUGCAGAACACUGCAAGAGGAAAAUGAAGAGAUUGGAGCGAUGGCUUCUGAAGGAAAAAUCCAUGAACUUGGAAUGAAAAUUGCAGUUCUGAAGACCCAGAACAAUGAGCUGAGGAAUCAGUUCGAUGGUUUGUACAAGCAUAUGGAUGGCCUAACAAAUGAUUUUGAGAGGUCAAAUGAAAUGGUGUCCAUUCUGCAAGAGAAGUUACAAGCUAGAGACAUAGAACUGACAAGGUUGAAGGAGAUGCUUUCCCAGAAAGGGGCAACUGCGGACACACCAGCUGAAGAAAUAAACGAAGCUGCAGAUGAUAUGGAUGCUACUUAAUAGUCCGCAGCCGAUUAAACUAGAGGCCUAAGGCUGUAAAAACAAACAAGAAAACAAAUUUUCCAGUGCGACCUGAGAAAUCGAGCUGCGCUUUAUGCUUUGAUGUAGCGCUUGUGUAUCAUAGGUGCUAAAUUAUGCAAUUUAUGGAACAGUACA